CACAGCAGUGAUGGAUAGAGUCAUAGGGACCUGAAUAGCAUCUACUAGCUUGUGGUACCAGAGUCCUGUUGACGUGACUGGUAGAUCCUGAGCGUUGGGUUUCGUUUGUGUUAUUGUCUCCUGUCCGCAGCGUCAUGUCCUCACCCUCCGUGUGCGGCUCGCAGAAAGACGCAGGCUGCUGCCUGCACCAGCGGCGGAGGCUCACAGCAGCAGCAGCAGCAUCAGCAUCAUGUCUCCGCAUCCAGCCCGCCGCCUCCCGCUGACGGCCAGAACACGGAGAAGAGGAAAGUGAGAGAGCGCUGUGGCUCACUGAUCCAUCGGUUUAGCCAUCAUGCAGUGUUCGUGGAAAUCCAUGGUCCUGCUAGCAUUAGCCUCCAUAGCUAUCCAGUACACGGCCAUCCGCACUUUCUCCACCAAGCCCUUAAGCCUACUGUGCUCUGUGGGUCUGGCAUCCACUGGCCAAGCUGUCAACUGCAGCCUCAAAGAUCUGACACUGGAGGGCUCGGACCCAGAGUGUGAUGAGGUCCUCUCCAACACCCCAUCUUCCCCUACCUCCUCUCCCCCCACGUAUGAUGCCAACAAGAGAACCCACAUCCUCAUCCUGGCGACCACACGGAGCGGAUCCUCCUUUGUGGGUCAGCUGUUCAACCAGCAUCCAGAGGUCUUCUACCUGUUUGAACCCCUGUUCCAUGUCCAGUCGGCACUGCUUCCUCGGCUUGUGCAGAGUCGGAACCUGGCUGAGAGGAGGGUAAUGAUGGGUGCAGCCAGAGACCUGUUGAGGUCUCUGUACCACUGUCAUCUCAACAGUUUGGAGAAUUACAUCCGACCUCAUCCUACCAACCACUCCACUGACAAGCUGUUCCGAAGAGGAGCUAGCCGGUCUCUGUGCUCCCCUCCUGUAUGUGAGGUUCCUCUGGGCCCGGAUGAGCAGAGCCUGGUUCUGACUGAUGAGGGGGAGUGUGGGAAGAGAUGUGGGCCGCUUAACGUGUCACUGGCUGCUGAUGCCUGCAGGGGGAAGCGCCACAUAGCCAUCAAGACAGUGCGCAUUCCCCAAAUCAGUGACCUUAGAGCACUGAUUGAAGACCCGAGACUCAACCUGAAGGUGGUCCAGCUUGUGCGAGAUCCGCGAGGUAUCCUGGCAUCUCGUGUCGAGACGUUUCGAGAUACUUACCGGCUGUGGCGUCUGUGGAGAGCGACUGGACGCCGACCCCACAAUCUGGACCUGGGACAGAUUAACACAGUGUGUGAAGACUUUCUCAGGUCUGUGUCCAUGGGCCUGGCAAAACCCGCCUGGCUCAGAGGGAGGUACAUGCUGCUCAGGUAUGAAGAUAUUGCCAGGUUUCCUGUACAGAAGACCAGAGAGCUCUACAGUUUCCUUGGUAUGGUUCUGGACCAGAGUGUGGAGGAUUGGAUCAUCAACAAUACUCGGGGUAGCAGUGAUCUGUCGUCCCGGCAUAAGUUCACCACAGUUCGGGACUCUGCUGCUAAUGCAGAGAACUGGAGGGUGAAGCUAUCCUUCGAAAUGGUAGUUUACACCCAGACGGUGUGUCAACCACUUCUGGACAUCCUUGGAUACAAGAAAGUCUUCCACCCAAAAGAACUGAGGAACUUCUCUCACUCGUUGGUGGAGGACAGGAUGUUCCUCCCAUUUUUCUAAACAGCUGAAGACAGGCAUACACUACAUCCAAUGAGUGUUCAAGAAACCAUGAAAACAAGACAGAACUGAAGUCAAUGGAGCUGAGAUGACGUGGUCCAAACUGUUUUGCUGAUCUGAAUAUCCUCACUAUGUCUGGUGGAGGAUGAGAAUAAGAUGCGUCCUUUCCAGUGUUAUCAGUGUUACUUGGAGAUCUGGGCCGCUCUGUCAACCUUUACUAUUUAUUUAUUUAUUUAUUUUACCCUCUGAGCAAUCAACUACCUCAGUUUGUGCCAUUUUCCCCUUAAAGAACCAUUUGACAUAUUCAAGCCAUUUCAUGGUAAAUCAAAUGUUACAGCUAAUCAUGUUUAAAAUUCUGUAUUUAGAAUAACUGAUGAGCCAAAACAUUAGGACCACAGAUAGAGGAAGCAAGUAAAGUUGAUUAUCUUGGAACAAUGGCAGACAUCAGGGUAAAGAAAAUAUUCGAGAGUAAGUGAACAAUUGGUUGUCGUAGUCAACAUGUUGGAUGUGGAAGAAAUGUGCAGCUGACCUGAGCAACCUUGUUAAGGGCCAAAUCAACUUGGCAAGACCACCGGAUCGGACAUUCUCUAAAAUUGCCAGGCUUGCGGCGUGCUCCAGGUCAGCAGUGGUGACAGUGAUCUGAAGAAGAGGGAGGGAAAAACCACAAACCUGCCUAUCAACGAUGAGUGAAGUCAGCAAAGGCUGCCCUGUCAGGGCGACUGUGGCACAAGUCCCAGAAAGUUUCAGUGAAGGUUAUGGAAGAGAUGUGUUGCUAAAAAUAAAUAAUUUUCUAAUAAUUGGCUCCUGAAAGGGAUAGUUCACCGAAAAGUUUAAAUUCACUCAUUAUCUACACCCCCCCCCCCUAUGCGGAUGGAGGGGUGGGUGAAGUGUUUGAGUCCACAAAACACUUCUGGAGUUUCAGGGAUAAACUUUGUUGCAACAGAAUACAAUACAUUAUAAGUCAAUGGUGAGUCCUUCUUCAGACGUAAUAGAACCACAGAAAAAACCUAACAUGCCUCCAUACUGCUCCUGUGGUAUCACCCAAGUGUCUGCAAGCCCCGAC